CUAGUAGGCUGGCUGUGGUCAACUUUGCUGUUAUUCUUUAUUUUUUUCAUUUUAAACACAUAAAUUAGAAAGAGUGGCAAUUACCUUUCACUUUGUUGUGGCUCUGUUGUCAUAACUUUUAUCCUAUGAAGUGUUUCACGUAAGCUCAACAGAAAUGCCUCAAAGCGCCGCGUCUUCGAGUGGGAAGCUGUCGAGCAGCAGCGCUUUGACGCGCCGCUAUCGCACACGAGCCCUCACCUCUCAUGUGGACGAGACCCUCUUUGGGACCCCCAAACAGCAUUCUGCUGCUGCUAUGAAAGAUGAUGCUGAGGGCAGAAGCGUGAGGUCAAGGUCAAGGUCACUGUCAAGCUCUGCUCCUGCAACCAAAGAGCCAAAGAUGGAGACGGUUCGCAUCAUCACUAAAGACCUCAUCAGAGACCUCAGAAUCCCAAGUGAGGACCCAUCUGGGCAGUCUGUUAUCCUGUCAUCAGCUGAGUUCAGGCGAAUCAUGGUGGAGUCUCAUGUUCCUAGUGAAGAGGAGAAGGCAGCUGUGCUGGAGGCCCAACGCCAAGCCCGCGAGGAAGCCAUGGAGGCUGCAGAGCAGAGAAAAGCACAGAUGCGUCAGGCGGACCUGUCUCGGCAGAAGAACCAGACUCUCAGUGAGCUCGAGGCAGAGGCGAGGGACCGGGCUCAGUAUCUGUUGGAGCGGGCCAACACCCUGAGAAUGGAACAAGAGGACGAAGUCAAGAAGCUCAAUGAGUUGAUUCAGGAAGUUCAGUGCCAUGUUAUCCGAGAUGCGCAGCUUGAGGAGAAGAAACAGAACCGCACAAAGUGGCUGGAGGAGGAGAAAAGACUGGAUGCUAUGAUGGAGGUGGAGCGUCGCCGGGCUUUAGAAACCCAGGAACAAAUCGAACAGCUCCGCAAACAGCAGAUGAUUCACGGGAAGCUGCGCAUCCUGGACCAGAUUCAGAUGCGUCUGGAGGAGAAAAUGCUACAGGAGGAGGUGAAGGAGCAGGAGGGUCAGCAGUUGCUGGAAAACAUGGAAAGGGUGCAGAUGGAGGAGCUCAAGGCCAUUGAAAGGAAGAAGGAGGAGCAGAAGAAUUUGCUUCAGGAGAUUCAGAAGAUAAAUGAAGAGAAUCUGCUUGCUAAAGAGCAGAAAAAGGAAGAAGAGAGAUUAGCAGAUCUGCGUGCUGUGGAGUAUACGCGCAAGAAGUUGGAACGAGAAGCAGAGUAUGAAGCUGAGCAGAUACGAAUCAAGAAAGAAAAAGAAAAGGAAGUAGCGCGACUGAGAGCUCUUCAAGAACGGGACAGAGACCAUAAAGCUGAGCAGGAUGAGAUCAGGGCACGGAGGAACCAGGAAGCAGCAGCGAGGGAAUGGAGAAGAAAGGAGAAAGAGCGGACUACGAAAAAGCUGGAAGUGGAAGAGAAGCUGAAGGUUGCUCGUUUGGAGCAAGUCACUCAUAAGGAGCACCUGCUGUCCAUUGAAGCUGGACGAGAGAGAGCAGAGUUUGAGAGGGUCCUGAGGGCACAACAGGAACUCAUUGAGAAAGAACGAGAAAAAGAGGAGCAGCGUCAUCAACAAAUCCAAAGGCAUGCUGAGGCUGUGAGGCAGCAGGUACGGGAGAGAGAAAUGCAGGCCGUCACCCAGCGCAGAGAGCUGUUCCGAGAGGGGGAGCGGCUGGAAGAGGAGGCGCGCAAUCGCAGAGCCCGACUGGACGAGAUUAAGGAGAAGAAGCUGCGGGAACUCAAGGCAGCUGGGCUCUCAGACAAGUACUGCAAGGAAGUUGAGCGUAAAGUUCAAGCCCUUCCAACUCUUUCAAACUGAGCCGGAGGAGCAACGGAAAUAGAGGAAAUGGAUACGUCAAAUGAAUGAAAGAAGAAAAACAGUUGUAGUUUGCCAGUCAAGUUAUCUCGACUGAAUUAAACCAUGUGUAAAGCACAUAUUUUUGGCCAGUUGUUGAAAAGAUUGCAUCAUCACUAGUGGGAAGGAAAUUAAGUUUAUACCCAAAAUGCAAUGACUCGUGUGUUUUUUCUCUUUCUGCUGUUGACUCAGCAUGACUUUUUCUUGAUGCCAAAUGUGUUAAUCAUUCAAAAGUCAACACUGCUUUCGUUGUUUUUAAGAGUUCUUACUGCAUUUUUAUAUACUCUAAAAGAACAUUUAGUAUAAACUGUAAUAUUUUUGAACAGUUCAUGUUAAUUCCAAUUAAAUGAAAAAUCUUAUAGUUUAAAUGUAUAUUAAAUACGGUUAGCUGAAAUUGAGUGCUUCUUUUAUCCCACUUAAAUACAUCUGUGUGUAAUUUUAUAAUUAUUUAUAUUUGUCUUUGAAAUAUGGUUAAAGUGUACAGCCGAAGGUAAUGACAAGCAUUUAUGGUAAACAAAAAUAUAUUUGAAUGCCAUUUUUAUUAAAACUUAUAUGUCAUGUAUUUAAGUGUAUCUGUAAUUACAUAUUUGCAAAUGAGUACAUUUAAAUAUAUUAACUUUAAAUGUAAUAUCAAAGAAUGCACUACAGGUAAAAUUAUAAUCAAGUAUGUGCUUUAGAAGGCUAUGUUAGUACAUUAAAACAAGACAAAUGAUGCAACCAUUAAAAACCAUGUGUAAAGCAUAUAUUUUGGGCCAGUGUUUUUCGAAUUGUUGAAAAGAUUGCAUCAUCACUAGUGGAAAGGAUAUUGCACAUUUAUACAUAAAAUGUGCAAUGAGUCGUGGGGUUUUUCUCUUUCUGCUGUUGACUUAGCAUGACUUCAUUUCUUGAUGCCAAAUGUGUUAUUCAAAAGUCAAUACUGCUUUCUUUGUUUUUAAGAGUUCUUACUGCAUUUUUAUGUACUCUAAAAGAACAUAUUUUAGUAUAAACUAAUAUUUUUGAACAGUUAAUUUCAUGUUAAUUCCAAUUAAAUGAAAAAUCUAUUGAAAGUGAUUCCAAUGAUAUCAUUUAAAACUUCAGCAUCAUUAUUUGACCAAUAAUUUAUAAUAAAAAAUUUUUUUACAGUUACAGUCAUUUAAUAAUUCAGCAAUUUAAAUAAUAAAUCAAUCAUGCUGAAUCAAACUAGUAUUUAUCAUUAUUUCACAUAAAACGAAAACAUAUAUGCUUAGUAAGUCGCACCUGCUUCUGUUUAUUUGUGAUCACUGAACUGUAUAAAACAAUUUCAUUAGGGCUAUUAUGUACAAAGGUGUCCUUAUUUAGGAAAAUGCUGAUAAAUGCUCAUGUUCACGGUUUCUAUGAAUUUUUCAGAUCUGAGUUGCUGUUAUUGAUUUAAUUCCACUAUGGAAUUAAUUCAACGUUCUCUAUGGAUUCGGAUACCACUACAAAUGACUGUUUCUCAAAUAGUAAGGGUACAGCAGGUGAUUGUGAACACAGCCCCUGUACUUGUGCCAGAUCGUUGUCGUUUGUGCCUGUCCUGUCCUAUCCUAUUCUUGGUGUUUGUGGUGUUUUCUCCAUACGGGCUAGUUUUGUUCAUUUUUGAUUUUAAUAAAGCCCAUUGUUCACUCUGCGGUUAA